AGGAGUUUCGAUCUUCAUUUCCGUAUAUCUUAAUGCUUUUCACACAGUUGAUUGGUGUAUACAUUCAAAACAAUGUAAAAUUCUAUGGUAAGCUGGCGAUUUUUAUAGACAACAAAACGUGAAUUAUCGAGGCUACAGCUUGCCUCCAGCGAGACCUAAAGAGGAUUUAGCACAUCUGAGUGAACCUUUAGCUGAGAAAUCACGAAUUUUUAAACAAAUUGUUGAUUCGAUGUAUUAAUUAAGAGUUUGAUAAAUGGCUUUUAUUGACAUUUAAAUUUCGCGCGUUACUUUAACUUUUCCCGCGAAGUCAUGAUAAGCUCGAAUUUUUUGAGGUUUUAUUUUUUCUCCCACAAAGAGCAGGUAUUCUUGUAUGGAUAUUGCAAAAGCAUUAACAACUGAUUCCUGAGAAAAUACGUAAUACGACAGGAUAUUGCAAAACAGGAAAAAUUUCAGCCUCCAAAAAUACUUGCUGGGGGAGGGGUGGGAAAAAUUUGUCGAGUAUGUGAGCCUUGUUACCCAGCGGUUACGAGCUCGAGUUUAUAAUCUAAGAUGGCGGAUGUUUUGAGUGAAGACACGUCAAUAAAUCCUCCAAUAUUACAACAACCCGAAGGGGAAGUGGCUCAAAAUGGCUCCGAUGAAACAGAAGAGGAUUUGAACGUUGAUAUUAACCUUGGUGAACUAGACUUGACAUCACAAGAUGAAUAUAUCUUGGACGAAGUCGAUGUUCACAUACAAGAAAACUUGGAGGAUGAAUUAGUCAAGGAAGCUCUGAAAGCUGGUGUAGAUCUUCGGCAGUAUUCCAAGCAAAUUGAGUCAGAUCUCCAUGAUGUAGAGAAUGCAUCAAUUUCUGACUACAUCCAAGAAAGUAAGAAUAUUGCUAGUCUUCACAAUCAAAUUGCUUCGUGUGAUACCAUACUAGAGAGAAUGGAAAAAAUGCUGACAAGUUUUCAGGGUGAUCUCGGUAGCAUUAGUUCAGAGAUUCAGACUCUGCAGGAACAAUCUCUGUCAAUGAAUAUCAAGCUCAAAAACAGACAGGCAAUCAGAGGAGAAUUGAGUCAGUUUAUUGAUGAAAUGAUGGUGACAGACUCUAUGAUCAGACACAUAUGUGAAACAGCAGUAACUGACCAAAGCUUCAUAGAACAAUUACAUGAACUUCACCACAAGAUUGAUUUUGUCAAAGAACAGUCCUUCAAGAACUCCUUGUCUUGUAAUGAUGUUGGAGAAGGAUUGGAGAAACUUAAAGUCAGGGCCGUGCAGAAAAUCAGGGAGUUUAUCCUUCAAAAGAUUUACUCCUUUCGUCGACCAAAUACCAAUUACCAAGUACCACAGAAUGCACUCCUGAAACACAGAUACUUCAAUGAGUUUCUGUUGGCACAUCACAGACAAGUCGCCAGGGAAAUCAAGGAUGAAUAUAUUGACACUAUGAGCAAGAUCUACUUUUCUUACUUCAAAAGUUAUAUUUCAAAGUUAAUGAAGUUACAGUAUGAGGAGGUUGCUGAUCGAGAAGAUUUAAUUGGCGUCGAAGAUAAUGCCAGGAAAGGGUUUUUCACCUCUAAGCCAGCACUCAAAAACAGAUCAACAAUCUUCACUCUUGGUAACCGUGGUAAUGUCUUGACAACURAACUUGAAGAGCCAAUUAUCGUGCCUCAUGCAGCACAAAAGAAUGAAAAAAGGUAUUCAUUUGAGAGCCUUUUUCGUAGCAUGCACUAUGCUCUAUUGGAUAAUGGCUGUCGAGAAUACCUCUUUCUCUCAGACUUCUACAUGGUGCAAGGAACUCAUGCUAAAGAUUUGUUUACUCAAGUUCUUGGCAAAACACUUUCGUUGUUUUUGAAACAAAUGGACACUUAUAUCGAGAAUUGCUACGACGCCAUCGGUCUCUUUCUCUGCAUCCAUCUCAUCCAUCGGUAUAGAAUCCUGAUGCAUAAGAGGAGUGUGCCAGCACUUGAUAAGUACUGGGAUACCUUACUAGAGAUGUUUUGGCCUCGCUUCACUAAUAUUGUGGAAAUGAACAUAGAAAGUGUGCAAGCUACAGAUCCACAGAGAUUAGGCAACAUUGAUACAAGACCGCAUUAUAUAACAAGACGAUAUGCUGAAUUCUCUGCAGCCAUUGUUAGUUUGAACGAGAGUUUCCCCGAAGAAAGGGUCAACAAAGUUUUAGCUUCUCUACAAGCCGAAGUGGAAAACUUUAUCUUAAGAAUGGCGGCCGAGUUCCCACUUCGUAAAGAACAGCUUAUCUUCCUGAUCAAUAACUAUGACAUGAUGUUAGCUGUCUUGAUGGAGAGGACGUCUGAAGAUUCUAAGGAAGUUGAAGGGUUUCAGCAGCUGCUUACAGCUAGGAUAGGAGAAUUCGUUGAAGAGGUUCUUUCGCCUGCCUUUGGUGGGAUGAUUGCUUUUGUCAAAGAAACUGAACCGCUGUUAGAAAGAGGGCAAGGCCAAGUGAUUAGACCAGACGAACGUCGAAUCCAGCAGCUCGUGCGUGGCUUUGCCGCAGACUGGAAGAAAUCCAUUGAGCUUAUAAACCAAGACAUCAUGAGGUCAUUUUCAAACUUUAAGAACGGUACAACCAUCUUACAGGCAGCAUUAACACAGUUAAUCCAAUACUACCAUCGAUUCCAGAAGAUUCUAUCUCAACACCCCUUCAAACGUCUGCCUAUCAGAAGUGAGCUCAUUAAUAUACAUCACGUGAUGGUGGAGGUCAAGAAACACAAGACAACAUUUUAAAAACCUUACAUGGAUGUUGAUCAUACGAAUAACAAGCUUUUGUUUGAACCCACGUAACCUCAUUCUGAAGCACUUGAACAUGAGGCUAUGUGGGAAAAAUAUAUCUAUCAUUUAGCCAAGAUGGCUGCUGGGUGAGAGAGGUCCAUGUAAACCUAUCACGUUCAUUCAAUCUACACAGCUUCAUGAUUUUGAAAAAAACAUUAUUCAACUCCUUUGUUAUUUUGCUCUAUUUAUAUGUUGUGUACACUUGUACUUCACUUUCUGAGAUGGCAUUUGACAACGUCGAAACAUGUCAAUUAAAAGUUUAAUGAUCUUCAUCAAAGUCAUAAUCAAGUUCUUGCUGCUUCGACCAUUUGGCUCUAAGAAAACAUUAAUUUUAUCAAAUCCUGAAACAACAUGUCAGUUCAGGUUGACAGGUUCAAUUUAUUUUUCUCUGGAUUUUAACUUUAAUUUUAAGUCUAAGACUUACGAUUCUUGACCGGGUAACAAAAAAUGUAAUACAAAUAUGCAGUUUAUUAUAAGAUCUUUUAGCUUCAUUACAUUUUCUAUUAGAUGAAUAUACAACAAUGGUUGCUAAUGGGGAAGAUCAAUUUGAUCCAUCUGUAAAUAUGCUAUAUAAAUAAAAUAAAAAUAUUAACUACU